GCUGGCUGAUUGCCGGGGGCCAAGGUGCGAGCGGGACCGCCGCCGGCUCGGGCGCGGAGCGGGGGCGCGCGACGCGGAGCAGCCCUGCCCAGCGCGGGCAGAGACGAGCCGGCGGGUGGCGGAGGCGGAGGCGGCUCCCAGCCGGGCCGGUGCAGGGCCUCCGACGGAACUGCGGCGGAGCGGGGCCUCGGUCAGGGCGCUGGGGGAUCCCGCCGAGGCUGGCAGCAGGAGGAAGCGGCGGCUGCGCGUCCCGAGCGGUGCACGCCAUGUCGGGCGGGCCCCCCAAGGCCCUGCAGUCCACCGGGCCCCACUCUCUGCGUGACCUGCCGCACCCGCUGGCCGGCUCCAGCAGCGAGGAGGCCGUGGGCGGCGACAGCACGCCCAGCCCGGACCUGCUCAUGGCCCGCAGCUUCGGCGACAAGGAUCUCAUUUUGCCCAACGGUGGUACGCCAGCAGGCACUUCAAGUCCAGCUUCUUCAUCUUCCCUUCUCAACAGACUUCAACUUGAUGAUGACAUUGAUGGUGAGACCAGAGAUCUCUUUGUCACGGUUGAUGAUCCCAAGAAGCAUGUCUGUACAAUGGAGACUUACAUCACAUAUAGGAUCACCACCAAGAGUACUCGGGUGGAGUUUGACCUGCCAGAAUAUUCUGUUCGUCGGAGAUACCAGGAUUUUGACUGGUUGAGGAACAAACUGGAAGAGUCGCAGCCCACCCAUCUCAUUCCCCCGCUUCCUGAGAAGUUUGUGGUGAAAGGUGUUGUGGAUCGUUUUUCAGAAGAGUUUGUGGAGACCAGAAGAAAAGCUUUGGAUAAAUUUCUAAAAAGAAUUACGGAUCAUCCUGUGCUAUCUUUCAAUGAACACUUUAAUGUUUUUCUUACUGCUAAGGACCUGAAUGCCUACAAGAAGCAAGGCAUGGCGUUGCUGACCAGAGUGGGCGAGUCCGUCAAGCAUGUCACCGGAGGCUACAAGCUUAGGAGUCGGCCUCUUGAGUUCGCAGCCAUAGGAGAGUACUUAGACACAUUUGCCCUCAAACUGGGAACCAUAGAUCGGAUAGCCCAGCGGAUCAUCAAAGAAGAAAUAGAGUACCUUGUAGAGCUGAGAGAAUAUGGGCCUGUGUACUCCACGUGGAGCGCCUUAGAGGGGGAGCUGGCUGAACCUCUGGAGGGUGUGUCAGCUUGCAUCGGAAACUGCUCCACAGCUUUGGAAGAGCUGACAGAUGACAUGACAGAAGACUUUCUACCUGUACUCAGGGAAUAUAUUUUAUACUCUGACUCCAUGAAGAGCGUAUUGAAGAAGAGGGACCAAGUGCAAGCAGAGUACGAAGCCAAACUAGAAGCUGUGGCGCUGAGGAGGGAAGACCGCCCCAAGGUGCCAGCAGAUGUUGAGAAAUGUCAGGAUCGGAUGGAAUGUUUCAAUGCUGAUCUGAAAGCCGACAUGGAGAGGUGGCAGAACAACAAGAGGCAGGACUUCCGGCAGCUGCUCAUGGGAAUGGCUGACAAGAAUAUCCAAUAUUACGAGAAGUGCCUCAUGGCGUGGGAGUCGAUCAUUCCACUACUGCAGGAAAAACAAGAGGCCAAGUAACUUCCUUCCUGGGACGGACUCUUCUACCUACACAGGGCAUGGCGCCCCAUACCGGAAUGUCCCUGCAGUGCCAGCGAGACAGCACUGAGAAAACCACAGAAACAUCUCUUCUCCUGUAUUUCUUUCCCUUCUCCACCUUCCUUUGUCUGACAUUUGUUUUCAAUUAGUAUUUAUUCCCUGGUGGAGUCUGUAAGGCUAUAAUCAUCUCUCAGCAAAAAAAGCAUACCUCCGUGUUGUGAAGGAACCUAGGAAAUGGAACACUACGAAGAUUUGAAAUUGAGGGACGAGACAACCUUCAGGUGACAUUCUGACAUCUCAUUACAGUUUCCUGUUUUGGGACAGCGGAGUUGCCUGUUGUGGAAGAGAACCCGGGUCCUGCUUUUCAGGGACAUGAGAAAGGCAUGACUACAAGGCAGGUCUUGCUUUCCGUGGAUACAUGGCGGUUCUGGAACUGACCUCUGUGGGCAUUGGCUUGUCUCAGCCUAGAAAGAGGUGUUGUCACCUCCGUGGGAAGUCCUUAAUGUACAGGCGCCUGUAGCUGCGAGUGUGGCGCGCUGCCUGCUUGUGAUGAUUGACACCUGUUUUAUGGUUUCUGGUUCGUAUAAGACCGUUGUCUAAAAGCGUCCGUGCUAGAGUGGCAAGCCAGCGUCCUUGUCCUUAUGCGAUGUCUCGGGGAGCUGAGGGGACAGUGCUCCCUGAACUUGUUUCUGACACUAGAAUGCAGUAGUAGAUUAGAAACUGUUUUUGUGUAAAAUGAAAAAAAGGUGCAUUUUAUUCUGUGAAGUUCUUCAGCGUUUUUCUUUGGCUCAUUAAAUGUCAUCAGAGUAGUGUGAGGGGAUAUCUGUUGUCUUGAAGUCAGAGUAGCUCCCCAGUAGUUGAGAUCAUGGGGUAGAUAUCAAGCCCCGCCUCCCACGUCUGCUUUAUGCAGUUGCCUUUACCUCACCCCAAAUUCCUAGUUAAAUGUUUCCUGUGGUGUCCACUGAAUGUUUAAGCAACUUUGUGGUGAGAGGCUGGCAUGUUGUUAGGACAUAGUCGAGAUUUUGCAAACUCCGUGUGCACGUCCUACAUGAAGUGCUUUAACCCUUAAUAUUUCCUGGUCAGGAAGAAAAGUCAGCCUCUGGUCGAGCCUCCAAGAUGACAAGUGCAACAGUGAACUCUUUGCUUCUAGUUAAGCUAAGGACUCAAUUUGCAGCCAAAUUCCUGGGGACUGCUGGCCGCAUCUAAAAAUCUUUAUUUCAAACCAUUGCCAGGUCUACUUUUCAUAUGAACACAAAACAAGCAGACAAAAAAAAAAAAAAAAGGAUCUAUCUUUCAACUCAUUUUCUUCUUCUGAAAUGAAGCUACGUAUGACACGUUUGUGUUCUUUUGUCUGUGACUCCUCCCUGUAAAAUUAUAAAUCUGAGUCUCAAAUAAGCGGUGUUAUUUUUUUCUUUAAUGAAGUAGCUGUGCUGAGACACGGCUGCAUGUGGAAGUUCGUCUGCAAACACCAGUCAGCGUGCAGCACGUGGAAAUCAGUUCACUCCACUUCUAACGGUACAGUUGACCUUGGUCAGCCACAGCUGUGACGCUGCUGGGGCAGCAGUUGGAUGGCACAGUUGGAUGGUUCUGUUUCAUCGUGUUUGAAAAAGUCACAGUUUAAGUUAUAAUUUUUAUAUCCAUUGGUACUUGCCUGCAUUCUUAGACCCCAUUCGUGCCAGUGUAAAAUCCUUUGAUGUGAAUUUUCAGGUUGGUACAAUUAGAAAUGAUUCAUUGAAAUAGAAGGGUCAGAACAGUCCAUCUACCCUGAGUGGUGAUUCCGUGUUUCAUUCUACCUCUAAACCAUCAUGUUGGGGUGGGUAUAGAUGCCCGGGUCCAACGUGACAGCUCGUUGGUGGAAUCAGGGUGUAUAUCUAAUAUUGGGUUGAUGGCCCUCUAUUUGUAUUUGACAGAAGAUACUAGACUGACCCAGCAACAAAUGCGCAUCUUUGGGAAUGUGUGAAGCCUUGCUUUGUGGAAUAUGUACUUUAAAAAUGUUGCCCAGUGUAACGCGUACUUGGAAAGAACUAUGGAAGGAGUUGCAAGACUAGAGUCUAGUCUGCUGCUGGUUGCUACAUUCCUGUGUAAGGAUUAGUUGCGAAAGAAGGCAGCCCUUCAAAAAAUCAUCAGGUUCUUCGCUGGGAUAUAUGGGGAAGGGAGUGAGGUCUAUAGUCAUUACCUUACGUUAUUGGAGGCAGAAGACUGGCUCUGAAGGGAUUCGGGCCAUCUUGGGAUUUCGUCUUUCUCUAUUUGUUUGGUCUCCAUGUGAUGUUCCUGUGCUUUAAGACAGCGGAGGGAACUGGAAAAAGGUAGACUGUCCUCCCACAAGGUAGAUUGUCCUCCUACAUGCCAUUGAUAACAGAGCAGAGAAAACUGGGGCACGUUACAGACUUCCUUGGAGAAAUGGUCUAGGCUGGCAUCUGAUGAGGUGAGGAGCCUGGACCAGAAGGAAAGGGGCAGUAGGCGGAGAAGGAGGCUCUCCAGCCCUUCCCACUCCCACGCCUCGUUUGGGCCCCUGAGGGUCAGCAGCCCCGAGCAUUCGCCUCUUCAUCUCCAUCAGCACAAAGGUGAUUCCCUGUGAGAAGUGUAACCAGAGACUUCUGUGCCAAAGACGGCCUCGUGCAGGCUUCGUCACCCCAGCCUUCUUGGCUCCACAAAGUCGCGGCGCUCAGAUCACCAACUCCCGUCUUGUAUUUAUUUUCCAGGAGGUUUUUGCUUGCAGAUGCGCCUUACCUCAGGCAGACAGACCUGGACAGAUGUUGAGGCGUGAGCACAUGGCAGUGGAAUGGAAAGUCAUCCCUGUCAGCUGCCUCUGAGCCUGGGAAGUGAAAGGUUUCAUUUACCCAGAUUAAAAAUACAGGCUAAGUAAGGCAGCAGAGAGAAUUCCUAGAAACUGAGCCGAUUUUAGAGAGCACAUAAUGUUGAAGAGGGCAGUUGUGAUUUGUAGCAGAUAGGGACACUGCUCUUCCUUAUCAUGUGAUGGAUCUGUAAGAAGAUUCUAGGCUACUCGGCUCAAAGCAGGCAACCACUCCUCCUAAUGGAGGAGGGAACGCCUUAUACAACCAGGUUUGGGGUUGGAAUUUCUCCUUUAAUAAGACUUAAUAAUGACUCCUGGUGAACUCAGGUAAGUGCAAUUAUGGAGGUGGUUGGCUCGUAUUUCACAGUGCUGCUCCUUGAACUGACCGGACACCUUUCUUUAGCUGAAAUCACAAAACCCAGCACAACACAGGGGAUUGUGGUGAAUGUAACAUAAGUUUGCCUUCAUGCCAAAUUUCAGCCACACCUGGAGUUUGUUCAAUGUGGUUAAAUUGAACGUGUUUUCUCAUGAGGAAACUAAGGCGUACCUGCUGCUCAUUUCUAGUGAGGCCGCCUUUUGUGAUGGAAUGACAGGAAGUUCUGCUUCAGAGGAGGGCGUGCUGGGCAUGUGGCAGUCUGCAAGUGGAGUUUCUGUCUUAGGACGGUGUCAGCCCGAGAAACACCCGGAGUUUGUGUGACUUAGCCCUGCCAGUGAUAGCAUUGAAAUCGCGGGCACCUGGUUCUGUUUUGAUGCCAUUCAUCGGAUUAUAGGGUAGCCAUUCUCUACAUUCUAUCCUGACCUGUGAGAGAAGAUGGAGAGCAAGGUCCAGAGCAACCUCCUAGGUCUGUGUUGGCCUCACGUGUUUGGGUCUGGGAUGAGUUAGAUCUGGGUUCUGGCUGCCUCACAGGGUGCUUCCGCUCAGAAGGAGCACUGCUUGUUGUCAGGGCAGGGCACCCCAAUUCUCGACCCCAUCUUCCCAGAUGCCUACUUUAAAGGGCUGUGGACUCUGGGUAAUCUAAUUAUAAGAUUGGGAUAACACUGCUUUGGCCAUCCCCAUUUUAAAAAUGGUGUUGGCAACGUGGGUUUGCCUCUCACAAAAGUCCUCCAGAUGGCGACAGAUUGGACAUGUCCUCUCACUGCUUAUGUUUUCUCUAUUCUGAUGGCAUGUGGCAUUUAUCAGUAAAUUUGAGGAAAAUGUCAUCCCCUGGGCCAGACUUACACAUUGAGCUGGGUGUGAUGGAGUUGUCUCAUUCCUUGUGUUGUUUUUUUUAAUUCACUGAAUAAAAUAGACCCGAUUUUGAAUCAACCCAUUCAGUAGGUGUUUAGCUUUUUAUUUGAGAGAUGUCUGGCCUCCCCAUAGUUGCACAGAUCAGAGCAUCAGGGCUGACUGCUUUAGAAAAGGUGGGGAGAGGCUGUAUCUCAGGGGGUUUGACUGUUUUUUCUUAAUCGGAUGGGUUUGCAAUGCUUUCUGGGUAUGGCUGUCUAAUCCCUUCUAUGAUGGCAGAAAAAUAUGUUAUCCAGGUGGUUUUUACUCUUAUAGAUAGCCUGUAAGUAAGUGCUUGGAAAAAAUAACAAACCAGUAAGGUAUUUGUCUCAUAUAUAAACAUUCUGUGUAUUUAGCACUUGAAAAUCCAUGAGUCUGGACCUUUAAAAAUGGCACAGAAUGUUAAAAUCCUAACUCUGCUUUGUGAGAAUUUGUCAACAUCUAUUUUAAUGCCUUACUCUUCAACUAGUGUUUUCUAGAUUCUGGAUAAAAAGAGGUUUUCGAAAUGUAAUCAGUUGUUCCGCUUGAAUACUAGAGGUCUAGCCCUGCAAGUCCUCAGUUCCCUUAAACAAGCAAGAAAGUGAGGUUCAUAAUUAAGGCUGCCUUUUGGGAGGAAAAAGCUUAAGUAUUGCUAUUGCCAAAUGAUAUUUUUGAUAAUGUAAGGAAACACAGGGACCACAAAACCUUUUUUUGUUUCAAAGCGUGAAAGAUUAAUUUAGUGCCUUUUGGCACACUUUUGAUUGUAGAGGAGAUAUGAUAUCAGCAUUGACAAAUCACGUAGAUACAAAGAACUCUAUAGAUUGUGACAAUAUGAAAGGUUUACCCUGAUUCUGCAGAACAGCUUUUUAAGAGAUCCUGUGGGGGCUUCAGAGCAGUGUGUUUCAGAAAGAAAUUCUCCUCAGGUUGAAAUGCCAAAAACAUAAAACGUACUGUGUUGACUCACAUAAUUUAGUACGUUUUAACAGAGCUUUUACUAUUAAAACCAGUGAUUGAGUAUUGCACAUGCACCUCCCUCAGCAUUGUCACCCUCUUACCAUGUGAUUCUGGGCUCCCUGCAGGCAAGGUGAAAGCAGAUAACACCUAUCAACACCCCUGUUUGACAGGCCGGUUCACAGUCACAGACCAACCUUCCAGCCACCAAUGAUACUAGAAAGGAGAAAGGGGGAUUGCUUUUUCCUCAAGUGUGGAAAUGAGGAGAGGAAAGUAGAUUGCAAGCAACAAUGUGAAUCAGUAUGCUAAAAUGAUGCCUGUGUCAGCUGGGCCGUCAUCAAAUAACAAACCAGCAGCUCUCAACAGUCAGCACCGUUCACCUGGACACCUCUGAGGUUUGGGUCCUGUCCAGUAGAUGCCCUGUCCGUUGUACUUCUGUGUACCUGCUCCCUUGGUGUCUGUGCGUUGGGAAUGCAUUGAGAAAUGAUGUACACCUGAUAUAUUCCCAUGAAAUAAACUGCCAGCAGACUUUCUAACUUGUAUUUUAACUGUUGAAAAAGAGAGAAAAACUUUUGCUUAGAUCAUGUCCAAAUUAUGGACUGUAUUUCUUAUUUUUAGAAAUCAUUCUUUACAUUUAAAAUUUUAAAAGAAUAAAAACCUGCUGAGGUAUUGAUAAAGUCCUCUGUGUAAAUGUGUUCUCUUCUCUCCAUGCUGCCAUUAAGCCAAAUCAAAAGCUGUGAAAAAACAAAAUGUGCUCGAGAAUGUGUGUAGAUGAGAAAGUGAUUUAUUUACAGAUCAAAGUCUUUGUUUCAUGAAGCUACCAAGUUUUAAAAAGGAUGGCACCAUUUUUUUUCUUGUUAUAGAACCCAGAGACUGUAAAAAGAAAAAAGAAAAAAAAGGAGUGUUUGUUGCAGUUUUGAUGCUGGCACAAGGUUUUUGUCCACUUUUUUUUUUCAUAUAUCUGUGUAUAAAAAAUUCUGUCUGUUGUUUACUAUGGGAUUAGUAUUACAUUUUGAGGUAAACAAAAGAAUUUGUAUUGCUUGAUAAACUGUUAGCUUGUAAAUUUAAAAAGUUUUCUUUACCUCAAUUAACUUAAAGUAAUGGACCAAUAAACCUAUAAAAGAUGCUUUC